ACCAAAAAACCCUACUCCACUGAACCCAGCACAGUGAGCACAGUCAGCACAGCUGUCUCUGCGGGACCUGGUGCGGGAAGCACAGGGCGGCGCAAUGAUGGAGUCUGAAAUACUGAAGUUCAUCUGCGCCAACCAAGGAGCGGUUAACACCGAGUAUUUGGUGUUCAAUCUCGGCGCAGUGGAGGAUAUCAUUUCUAACCAAGAGACUUUUGUUUCGUGUUGCCCUUACGGACAGCCGAAGGUGGUGGCCAGGACCAGUCUGAGACUGUGCAGAGCCAAAGACUGUCCCGGAACAUGCGGGGGGCUACACCUGUGUAAACACUUCCUCUUCCGCGGAUACUGUCAGUUCAUGCAGUUGAGGAGAGGAUGCAGCUUCUCCCAUGAGCUGGACUCUGGUCCCAAUCAGAGGAUACUGAGAGACCAUGGGCUGCACAGUCUGAGCAGGGCGGAGCUGUGCACACUGCUGCUGCAGAGCGACGACAGGCUCCUCCCACCUAUAUGUUUCGAUUACAACAAUGGUGACGGGGAGUUCGGCCGUUGUCAGGAAGGUUAUGGUUGCAAGAGAAUGCACAUCUGUGAAAGGCACCUGAACCGUGACUGCAGCUGCGUCAGGAUUCAUGACUUUAAUGCUCCACAGCCAUUAAAAAGUCUGCGGGAUAAAGGCGUGCCGGACGAACUCAUUCCCUCCAUGAAAUCAGUUUAUGCAAAUAUACUGGCUUUGAAGUACAAUGACAGAGGCAACCAUCAACCGAGAGGUGGUUACAGGGGCAACAGAGGCAACCUGCCACAGAGAGGUGGUUACAGGGGCAACAGAGGCAACAGGGGAAUCAGGGGAAUCAGGGGCAACAGAGGAAACAGAGGAAAUCGGGGCAACAGAGGAAACUUUAGUCGCAGCAGUUCCAUCAGUGACAUCGUUGAUGAUAUCGAUGCCUUGGAUCUGUACACUGAAAAUGGACUUAGUAAAGACAACCAUGAUCAACAAAACUCCUCCACCAGCGACAUCUCUGCCACUGCCAACGACACUGAUGCGAGCAGCGACGAUGGUCAGAAAAGAAAUCGAACACGAAAUCGAAAUAGAGGGAGAGGUGGCAACCACGGCAACAGGGGCAAACAGGGACUGCCGCAACGAACCCGUUCCACAGACGACACCCCUGCUGCUGGCGGCGACAAUGCAAACGCAGACAGCGGGCCGUUCAGAAGAGAAAGGCCUGUCAGAGAUAAAACUGAGAUCUGCAUGUACUUCAUCAAAGGCCACUGUAAACAUGAGGACCGUUGUUUUAAAGCUCACAGCAAGAUGCCGUACAGAUGGGAGGUCAGAGAGAACGAUCAGUGGACCGCCAUGCCUAAUAAUGAGACGAUUGAGAAGGACUACUGUGACCCUAACAACACAUACAGCAGCAGCAGCCCUGUGCAUUUUGACACGAUGACCUGUGGCCCCAACAAAGUGCGUCGGCUCUCUACAGUUAACUCUUUGCUUGAGCCAACCUUCAUCCACACCACCGAGUGGGUCUGGUACUGGGAGGAUGAGUUCGGAAAGUGGAACAUGUACGCUUCAGCUGAUGGUGGACACAAAGCAGCAGACAUGGACAGCGCUAAACUGGAGCAGAGGUUUCUGGACAAUGACAAAGAUGUGGUGGAGUUCACCGCCGGUUCACAGUUAUACUCACUCAGUUUCCAGGACAUGAUACAAACAAACCAACGGUACAGCACUAAGAGGGUUGUGAGAAGACGGCCCCGGUUUGCCUCCACGGCUGAUGUUCAAGCAAGGAGAGUGAGAAGGCCUCUUGGUCAAGCACAUUUCGCCCCUAUACCAGACAACUGGGACAAGGCACAAGUCCCUCAAAGGGGAUACAAGCGAGUCCCCCUCCCACGCUUCUCCGAGGAAUAUAAGGAGAUUGAAGCACUUUUCUGUACAACCAUGAGAGGCUUCGACAUCGUCAAAAUGGAGAGGAUUCAGAACAAAGCUCUUUGGGAUGCCUUUCAGUUGCAGAAAACUCACAUGCAGAACAACAACGGUGGACGCAACGUGACAGAAAAAAAGCUUUUUCAUGGCACUGACUCUCAAUAUGUGGACACUAUCUGCCACACUAACUUUGACUGGAGACUCUGUGGAACUCAUGGAACUGCUUUUGGCAAAGGUAGUUAUUUUGCCCGGGAUGCCAAAUACUCCCACAGCUACACCGAUGACUCUGAUGUCAAAUCCAUGUUUGUCUCACGGCUGCUGGUGGGAGACUACACCAAAGGGUCCUCCAGCUACCUCCGGCCUCCUUCCAAGGACGGUGGGGACAUAAACUUCUUUGACAGCUGCGUAGACGACGUUAUAAACCCUUCCAUCUACGUUGUGUUUGAGAAGCAUCAGAUCUACCCAGAGUACCUGCUGCAGUACAAGACCACGCACCCGCUCGUUGACUUGUAUGGUGCUGCGUCCGUGCCGCUGCUAAAACCAGUGCCAGCGCUAAAACCAGUGCCAAAACCAGUGCCAGCGCCGAGACCUGCUCCCCAGCCUACUAUAUUACCAGUUUCUCCACCCAGUAGACCUCAUACAGCCCCAAUACAUCAGUUUCUCCACCCAGUAGAGCUAUUCUCAUACAGCACCCAAGAUACAUUCAGUUCUCAACCCAGUAGAGUCUCAAUACAGCUCCAGUACACCAAGUUUCCCAAACCCAAGUAG